AUGUGCCAAAGCGCAGGUUGCGACAGCCAGCACAAGGCAAUCCUUAGCCUUAUGGAGCAGCUGCCAAGAUCUAAGGGCAUUCUCUCGAACACGUUCGAGUGGCUGGAGCCCCGCGCCGUCAAGGCGAUAAAAGACGGGACUCCCCAUCCCGGCGAGUCAGUACCGAAACUGUUCGGCAUCGGUCAAUUGGUCGGCGAGGAGAGGGGAAGCACCGUGAAGCAUGAAUGCCUGAGAUGGCUAGACAAGCAGCCAGCGCGGAGCGUGGUAUUCCUCUGCUUCGGGAGCGUGAGCUCGGAGCCCGCAGAGCAGUUAAAGGAGAUCGUCGUGGGACUGGAGAAGAGCGGGCACGCGUUCUUAUGGGCCGUGCGAGCGCCCGUUGCGCCGAACACCGACGCGACAAAGCGGUUUGAGGGGCGAGCCGAGGCGGCGGUGGAGCCGCUGCUGCCGGAGGGAUUCUUGGAUAGGACAAGGGGACGCGAGAUGGUGGUUUCCUCCUGGGCGCCGCAAGUGGAGGUGCUCCGGCACCCGGCGACCGGCGCGUUCGUGACGCAUUGCGGUUGGAACUCGACACUAGAGGCUGUUGUAGCCGGGGUGCCGAUGCUGUGCUGGCCCAUGUACGCGGAGCAGAGGAUGAACAAGGUGUUCGUCGUGGAGGAGAUGAAACUCGGGGUGGCCAUGAGCGGCUAUGACGAGGGGAUAGUUAAAGCGGAUGAGGUAGAGGGGAAGGUGAGACUGAUCAUGUAUUCCGAGCAAGGGGAGGAGAUCAGGGAACAGAUGACGAUGGCACAAGAGAUUGCUGCCAAUGCGCUGGAAAGCGGUGGAUCGGCGUCCGCCACCUUC